UUUUACUCAUCAAGAGAGAAAUAUAUAUUCGCCAGGUCUCAGUCACUGUCUCGUAGAACACCCGGCGGCCUUAUUUUCUGUUGUCUACCCAUUACCAUUGGAAGCGCUUCAUUCAACAUUCAUACUUGCCAAUCAUACAUCACUCGUACACCUCGAACUGCAAAUGAUAUAGCCAGGCAAUCAAGACAAUCAAGAUGUACACCUCAGCAUUGGCAUCAUCACUGCUCAUCCUCGUCUCCACAACAUCAGCACUAAGCCUCCUCCCUCGCACAGACUCUUGCCCAAAGGUUUGGUCAACAGUCCUUCCGGAACUGCAAAUUGCCUUUGCUGGCUGUGGUCGUGAUGCACAUGGCGCCAUCCGCGCCCCAUUCCACGACUGUAUCAACAACGGCUGCGACGGCAGUCUGAUCUUGACCGAUGAAUGCAGCCGUGCGGAGAGUGCUGGACUGUCAGAUAUCUGCGGAAAGCUACUUUCCUGGACACAGAAGUACAAUACUAGCGCCGCAGACAUGAUCGAAUUCGCGGCCGCGGUCGCUAUCUCGUCAUGUCCACUUGGUCCUCGUGUCAGAGCAUUGGUGGGCCGGAAAGACAGCAGGGAAGCUGCGCCGCUGAACAGCAUACCCGGUAGCCGGGACUCGAUCUCAUCUAUCCUAGACAAGUUUAAGGCAAAGGGCUUCAGCGGUGACGACGUUGUGGCGCUGAUGGGAACGCACUCCGUGGCUGUGCAGGUCAACGAUGAUCCCGCGCAAGCAGGAAAGAGUCUGGACUCGACGCCAAGUAUUUAUGAUUUGAAGUUCUACCAGGAAACUUUGGAUGGCACGGCUCCAUACACCUUGCAGAGUGACAGAGGUCUUGCGAACAACACUGAGACACAAAAGAAAUGGAAAGAGUUUGCAGAUGGUGACACCAGUGCUUGGAUCACUGCAUUCACUGAUGCUUGGAACCGGUUUGCUGUUAUCGGUAACGAUGUAGGCAGUCUGCAAGACUGCUCUGGUAUCAUCCCAUCCGGUGCUUCGGAGAGAAGACUCGCGAAGAGGCUCGGCAGUUCGGCGGCAGCAAGAGCGUUUGUCAGGCGGUUAUACGACUCUUGAGCUACACUUGCUGCGGUAAAUAUUUUCAAGCAUUGGCCGCUUAGGACUAGUUGCAACCGGCAAGGCAUUCACAGCGAUAGUAAUGAACUUGACAUCUCUUCCUAAGCUGACCCACC